GGUCCUUCUUGCUUCUGUUCUGUUCGAUCUUCCCCUAAGACUUUCUCCUGUAAGUUUUAAAAACGUCCUAACAAUGUCCCUGUAAUACGGGUGUCUACAUACGCUAUAAUGCACUAUAAUACACCUAUGAUGCGCUACGGGUGAAUUACAACGGUCGCAUCAUCACCUUACCUAACAGUGCUUGAAUACACUAAGCUAGUCCCGCGCGCCGCCGCUUCUGCCCCCGUGUGUCGCAUUUGUCUCCCUUUACCAUCGUUUAACACAGAUCUCGUUCCAAUCCCAUCAAUCAUUCAACCAUCUUUUCUUAUCCAUCAUCAUCUCUCUCGUCACGCCAUCCCUUUUUCCUAGUCUUCCAAUAAACCCACCACUCUCCUUAAAGAAGACUAGAAUCUAUAACUGUCCUAUUUCUUUUUACUACUUCUUUUUAUUAUUAUUCAUCGACAAAUAAUUCCUGCGACGAUAAACCAUUUUCCUUUUGCCGGCCUGCCGAAAAUAACACUGCCACUUACGUACACCCCUGACUCCUGUUUCAUUCUUCAUUCUUCUACUUCGACAACGACAACGAUGUCCGGACGGUACGAAAGGGUUAACACCCAAGACGACGAACCUGAUACUCCGAUUGCACCCUCUUCAUUGCGACAACCACGAUCAAUACCCAACUCUCCCCCGCCGUCAUUUCAUUCCCGUACCUCCUCGUUGGAACGGAGGAGGCAAAAUGUCGAUCCUACGCUAGCGGAUGCGUUCGAUGCCGAAGAUGACGAUAGUGAUGACGAACCCGAUGAUAGACAGCGAUUAGUACGAGGGAAUUCAUUUCCGAUAUCAAAUAAUACUAGCAGUCAAAAUUCGGAUGGCGGCGAUAUAAGGCCGUCUGUUCCGGGAGGACAACCGUCGCAAUGGUCUUCUAGUACUGCUAUCCCUCCGCAACCUGGUUCUAGAGUGUAUGGUGGUGGAAUACAAUCUGAUGGCGUGUUUUCCAAUAUGAUGGCACGACCGGAAAGGGGAGAGAAGAUAGUGGAAGAAGCACCUCCGACAUACGAACAAGCCGCAGCCGAUGCCGCACCGCCUUACUGGGAAACAACGAUUCUAGCACCCGGUUUAGGUGGCCCCGAUGAUGUCUACAUUGACGGCAUGCCAGUUGGUUCCGUAUUUAGUUUCAUUUGGAAUGGCAUGAUCAGUAUGUCAUUUACGCUCGUCGGUUUCCUGCUUACAUAUCUAUUACACUCAACACACGCCGCAAAGAAUGGUUCUCGCGCUGGACUCGGUAUUACGCUUAUCCAAUACGGUUUCUACAUGAAAGGAUCAUCCAGCGGGGGAGGUAUGGAUGGCGCACCCUCAGAUGGAUAUGCACAGCCUCCAGACCCGAAUAGCCAUGAUUUCGACCCUAACUCUGUCGGCACGAGUAAUGGAGAUGGUUCAAGUUUCAGCGAUAUUGCGAGUAGUGAAUGGGCUGCGUAUCUGCUUAUGAUCGUGGGCUGGUUCAUCUUGAUCCGGGCAGUUAGUGACUACAUCAAGGCGAGGAAGCAUGAACAAUUAGUUCUUCAGAGCCCAGAUAGGGGCUUGGGUGUACCGAUUAUUGCAGAAGGUGAGCGAGCCGAGACGGUGGUUUAGUAUUGGUUAUAUCGAAUCCAAAAAAUUCCUCGUUGGAAGUCGAUGUUGUAUUAUCGGGUCAAUAUGAAAAUCAUAGACAAACUUGUACCACGAUGUGAAUUGGUACCUACGGGACCGGAGCUUGUUGGGGAUUAAUGGCGUAAGGGGCGUUACGGGAUUGUCACCAUUUGUGAUAGUGUAACUUAAGAAAUCCGUUGGAUGAGUAGGCUUGCGUGAGGCAUUUCGAGCGAUUUUGCUACAAUAUACUAUUAUCUCAUCCCGGUGCUUUGGGAAGGGAAUCGAGGGUCUAAUAAUGUACUAAUUGCUCCAUUAUUUCCAAUAGAACUUUGGCAUGCGAUUUG